AUGCCCAUCUAUUCUCACUAUCGUUUUGUCGAGUGGCAAGUACAGACCAAAAGCACAGAGGAACAGGCAGCCGCCUAUAACCGCCUACAUGACAAGUACACAGGCAAGCUAGAGGCACUCACAUGGGGCCUGCGUGGCUUCUAUUUGAAGUUCGCUCAGAUAGGCUCUACACGCGAUGAGAUGCUGCCUGAGCAGUUCAUGGAAUGGGCUAAG